AUGCGUCCUAUUCAUGCCUUCGUUCCUCUGAUUGGCGCCAUCGGUGCGGUCGCAUCUCAGCCCACUGAUUCAUGGGUAUUCGGCGACAGUCUCUUCUACCUUGGACCCCCGUCGGGAAAUUCUCGGAUCACCAAGGCUACCUACUCGAUCAUGCCUCCUGCUGUACCUUCUGGAGCUAAGGCCAGUACCAAAGACGAGGUUUGGGUCUCUGUCUGGGUUGGUGCAUCGUCCACCGCUGGUAGCGAUGACUAUGAUCUCUACCAACCGCUUUUCAAUUGGUCUCUUGAUCAAGAAUCGCAGGGAUGUUCUGCUUCUGUUGAGGAGUGGUGUGUUGCCGCGAGUACUUAUACUCCUGAUGGCCAGAUUGGUCAGGAUUAUGUUGCCGUUCCCCAAAACACUACGGUUGACUUUGAAAUCGCCGUCGAGGGCAAGAAGGUUAUCCAGACCGUUACUAUUGACGGCGAGAUUGUCUCCAAGCAGAGCGAUACCCUCGAUGCUGCCCUUCAAUACCUCUACUCCAGCAACGAGUGCUACACCGGAUCUGGAAGCUGCGGCACCCUCGCUGGUUACAGCAUCACGAACCUGACCGUCACACUGAGCGAGGCUGACACCGGUUUCGCUGACGUCCUGUCCUUGGAUAGCGUCACUGACAAGAACUUCAAGAGCACUGACGGAGGUAUCACCUGGCACGCGGACUGGAUUAAGGUUACCUCGAUCGAUUUUGACUCUUCAAAUGACACCGAGGUAGACGCCUGA